CAUUUCAAUUACAGUUUAUCUCUGGGUGGAUUUUGGAUUAUCUGCUGCCUGUACUCUCAGAUUUGACGAUGUGAACAAUGCCGAUACCGGACUUUUGGUUAAUAGAUAUUCUAAUGGAUCUAUCCACAGUCUAAAACAUCCAGACCGUUAUGACUUUAAGUGGGAGAUGAAUCUUAAUGUUCACUUUUACUGUGGGUAUGAGAAUCGCUCCGUGCCUUGUUCAACUUCCCUUUCAGCCAAAGAUUUAGAGUGCACUAGAGAGGUGCAAAUGUCUAUAUUUGGUGGAAAAGAAAAAUGCGGAAAAGAUAACAAAGGAACGCUCUACAAUAUGGGAUUUCGAAUUUCCAGCCGUGAGUCCCUUCGAUUGUAUCAACUGUGCAUUGAUAUGGACACUUGUUCAACUCUGUACACCAGUCAUCAAAUUUGGGGCUACACAAUGCAGGCAAGGGAUUUCAGUUUUACGCGCCCAAUGUUGCCAUUUCACUGCCGGAACAUUUCAUUCGAAAGCUCCUAUCAAACUGCAAGUCAAGCAGAAAUUAAAUCUGUCAAAGCAAAUCCUGGAAAAUUCUAUAAACGAGCCACGUUCAUUCCGGAUUUCGAUUACUCUAUGAAAAAUUGGAGAAUACCUUUGAAUAUAUACCCCAAUGGGGCGCCAGGAUGGGAGAGCAUUGUCUCCGCCCCAACCGGAAAUUGGUGCAGGUACUGGAAAAGGUUAAAAACUUGGCUUAUGACACCGGAAAAGUGUACGAUGUGUACACUGGAGCAUACUAUCAUGAGUCAGGAGGAGAGUUUCUCAACGUUGGGCAAAACGCUAUCGAAAUCCCGCAAUGGCUCUGGAAGGUGGUCAUUCAUGAAAAGAGGGCCGCCGUCGUAUUUUUUGUGCUUAACAAUCCCAAACCUACGGCGGCCGAAAGGAACAAACAAUUUUGCAGGACCGACUACUGUCGUGAGUUUAGAUGGGACUUUGAUAAUUCCAAAGAUGAAAAUGGCCUUAUUCAUUGUUGCAUGAUGGAUGAAAUACCAGUCCAAGAUCGUCCAAUUGAUAGUGACGCCGAUGAACCGCUGAAUUAUUAUAUUGGUUAAAAUGUGG